AUGCUCCAUCUCUGUCAGUCUUGGACAGAUCACUAUUUGCAGUGGAACAUGUCCGAGUACCCCGGAGUGAAGAAUGUUCGUUUCCCAGAUGGCCAGAUUUGGAAACCAGACAUUCUCCUCUAUAACAGUGCUGAUGAACGGUUUGAUGCCACAUUCCACACCAAUGUCUUGGUAAAUGCAUCUGGGCAUUGCCAGUAUCUCCCUCCAGGCAUAUUCAAGAGCUCCUGCUACAUUGAUGUGCGCUGGUUCCCUUUUGAUGUGCAACAGUGCAAACUGAAGUUUGGGUCCUGGUCCUAUGGAGGGUGGUCCCUGGACCUGCAGAUGCAGGAGGCAGAUAUCAGCAGCUAUAUCCCCAAUGGAGAAUGGGAUCUCAUGGGAAUCCCUGGCAAGAGGAAUGAGAAGUUCUAUGAAUGCUGCAAAGAGCCAUACCCAGAUGUCACAUAUACAGUAACUAUGCGCCGCAGGACGCUCUACUAUGGUCUCAACCUGCUCAUCCCCUGUGUGCUCAUCUCGGCCCUGGCUCUGCUGGUAUUCUUGCUCCCCGCAGACUCUGGGGAGAAAAUCUCCCUUGGAAUAACUGUCUUGCUUUCUCUGACUGUCUUCAUGCUGCUUGUGGCUGAGAUCAUGCCUGCAACUUCGGAUUCCGUGCCUUUGAUAGCACAGUACUUCGCCAGCACCAUGAUCAUCGUGGGCCUGUCUGUGGUGGUGACAGUGAUUGUGCUGCGAUAUCACCACCAUGACCCUGAUGGUGGCAAAAUGCCAAAGUGGACCAGGAUCAUUCUUCUGAACUGGUGUGCAUGGUUCCUGCGCAUGAAGAGGCCCGGGGAGGACAAGGUGCGGCCAGCCUGUCAGCACAAGGCUCGCCGCUGUAGCCUGGCCAGCGUGGAGCUGAGCGCAGGUACUGGGCCACCCACCAGCAAUGGCAACCUGCUCUACAUUGGCUUCCGAGGCCUGGAGGGCAUGCACUGUGCGCCCACUCCAGACUCUGGGGUUGUGUGUGGUCGUUUGGCCUGCUCCCCAACACAUGAUGAGCAUCUCCUACGUGGUGCACACCCCUCUGAUGGGGACCCUGACCUGGCCAAGAUCCUGGAGGAGGUCCGCUACAUCGCCAACCGCUUCCGCUGCCAGGAUGAGAGUGAAGUGGUCUGCAGUGAGUGGAAAUUUGCAGCCUGCGUGGUGGACCGCCUGUGCCUCAUGGCCUUUUCUGUCUUCACCAUCAUCUGCACCAUUGGCAUCCUCAUGUCAGCCCCAAACUUUGUGGAGGCUGUCUCCAAAGACUUUGCUUAG